AUCUCUGCCUGAUUUUAUCAAUCACAGACUCAAAGGUGCAUUCAUCGAUUCUAAUUAUCUCUAUAUAUUUCUGCAAAGCUGUUUCAAUUGUCUACGCAGAUCAGAUUCAGGUCCUUAUCACCAAGAUCCAGCAACCACAAGGAGUUCCUUUCCCGCUUGAAUUCACGGACCCUGAAAAGAAAAAAAGUUAGAAUUUUGUGAACCCAUUAAGCCCUUUCUUUUCAUCAAUGAAUUGCAAUUGCUUCGCCCCUUUUAAUUUUCUUAAUUCAAUUGCCCUUUUUCCCUCUUAAAGUUUCCGUCUUUACCAUUUUGUGUUUGUAUUUGCCUGCAAGUUCGUUCCGGUUAGAUAUCAAGCAUCAACGGCUGAACAACAUCUGGAAACAUGUCUCAGUACCACGGGGAUGAAAUGGAGGACGCUGCAGAUGAUAAUGAAAUGGCAGAAGUAGAAGAUGACAUGUAUUUGCGUGGCAGAGCAUUUGGUGAAUCAGAUUCAGAUGAUGAUGAUGACGAUGAAUAUGACCCUUUGGAAAACCGAAUAACAGAUACCAGUGCUGCUGAAGCUAGGAGAGGAAAGGAUAUACAAGGUAUACCUUGGGAUAGGCUGAGCAUUAGUCGCGAGAAAUAUAGACAAACUAGACUGGAGCAGUAUAAGAAUUAUGAAAACAUACCACAAUCAGGGGAACUGUCAGAGAAGAAAUGCAAACCAACUGAUAAAGGGGGGAAGUAUUAUGAUUUCUGGCAAAACACUAGAUCUGUAAAGUCGACGAUACUUCAUUUUCAAUUAAGGAACUUGGUUUGGUCGACAUCAAAACAUGAUGUAUAUCUUGUUUCACAUUACUCAAUUGUUCACUGGUCUUCAUUAAAUUCCAAGAGAUCUGAAAUCCUGAAUGUAUCAGGGCAUGUAGCUCCAUGUGAGAAACAUCCUGGAAGCCUCUUGGAAGGUUUCACUCAGACACAAAUUAGUACACUGGCUGUACGGGAUAACUUGUUAAUUGCUGGGGGCUUUCAAGGAGAACUUAUUUGCAAGUACCUAGAUCGACCUGGAGUUAGCUUUUGUUCCAGAACUACUUAUGAGGACAAUGCGAUCACAAAUGCUGUUGAGAUUUAUGAGCAUCCCAGUGGAGCUGUUCAUUUCAUGGCUUCAAACAACGAUUGCGGAGUCAGAGACUUUGAUAUGGAGAGAUUUCAGCUCUCUAAGCAUUUCUCCUUUCCUUGGCCUGUAAAUCAUACUUCAUUGAGCCCUGAUGGGAAACUACUUGUAAUUGUUGGAGACAACCCAGAAGGGAUAAUGGUCGAUUCUCAAACAGGAAAGACUAUUACAACUUUAUGCGGACACUUGGAUUACUCAUUUGCAUCUGCAUGGCAUCCUGAUGGCCGCAUUUUAGCUACCGGGAAUCAAGAUAAAACAUGUCGCGUUUGGGAUGUUCGAAACUUGUCGAAGUCUGUAGCUGUUCUUAAAGGAAACCUCGGAGCUAUACGUUCAAUACGUUUCACAUCUGAUGGGCAGUUCAUGGCAAUGGCUGAGCCUGCCGACUUUGUGCAUGUCUACGAUGCAAAACAUGGGUUUGAGAAGGAGCAGGAGAUUGAUUUUUUUGGGGAGAUCUCUGGUGUAUCUUUUAGCCCUGACACAGAAUCGCUUUUUAUUGGUGUAUGGGAUCGCACCUAUGGAAGCCUUCUUCAGUUCAAUCGGCGCAGAAACUAUGUGUAUCUUGACUCCAUGUAAAUUUGUAACCUUGUACCUUGUAAGUACCUACCGCGUAUGUCCUUUUGUCUAGUGUUUAGGAAUUUGAGUACUGUGCCACCAUCUUACCAAAAAGAAGAAAGACCAGUGAAAUGUGUCAUCAUGCGGAGUAGAACAUGGCCUGAGGAUGGUACAGUUGUUUGUUGUACACCGUCAUGUUAUAUAACAAUGACUGAUGUUUUUUUAAUCUUCUGAUGCUAAUAAUGAAAGAAAGU